UCAUGUACAUUAGUCACUACACUUAUCAUCGCUGAUGUCGCCGGUGGCCGGAGCUCGUGUCCCUCUCCUCCCUGACUCUAAGGGUGGUGUUCCUCCGGCAACGGUUUCCGGUGCUGUUUUCAAUGUCGCUAACAGCAUAAUCGGCGCUGGCAUAAUGUCUCUUCCGGCAACCUUGAAGGUUCUGGGAGUGAUUCCGGCCUUGGUGCUGAUUCUAGUGAUUGCGUUUCUGGCAGAAAUUUCUGUAGAGUUCCUGAUGAGGUUCACGCGUGCUGGCGAAACGACAACGUAUGCUGGUGUUAUGAGAGAGUCAUUUGGACCGGUGGGAGCUAUAGCAGCUCAGAUCGCUGUUGUACUUACUAAUAUGGGGUGUUUAAUUAUGUACCUUAUUAUUGCUGCGGAUGUGUUUUCUGGUAAUAAUCGCCAAGGGGAAGUACACUUAGGUGUUUUGCAACAAUGGUUUGGAGUUCAAUGGUGGAAUUCAAGGGAAUUUGCUUUGUUAGUUAUCUUGCUCUUGAUUUUGCUUCCAUUGGUCUUGUACCGUCGUGUAGAGUCGUUGAAGUUCAGUUCUGCGAUAUCGACUUUUCUUGCUGUGGCCUUUGUUGCAACUUGUACUGUGUUGGCCAUUAUUGCUAUUAUAGAAGGAAGAACACAGUCUCCUAAAUUGAUUCCUCGGUUGGACCAACAAACCACUUUCUUUGACCUGUUUACUGCAGUUCCAGUGAUAGUCACAGCUUACACAUUUCAUUUUAAUGUGCAUCCAAUUGGGUUUGAGCUUGCCAAUGCAUCAGAUAUGGCAACAGCAGUUCGAUUAGCAUUACUGCUCUGUGCAGCUAUUUACUUUUCCAUAGGACUGUUUGGGUAUCUCUUGUUUGGGGAUUCCACACAAUCUGAUAUUCUAGUAAAUUUUGACCAGAAUACUGGAUCUGCUGUUGGUUCCUUGCUCAAUGUUUUAGUUCGAUUAAGCUAUGGAUUUCAUGUUAUACUCACUUUUCCACUUCUGAACUUCUCCUUGAGAACCAACAUAGACGAAUUCUUCUUCCCCAAGAAGCCUCUAUUAGCCACAGAUUCUAAGAGAUUUGUGAGUCUCACUAUAGUGUUACUAGUCUUGAGCUACCUUGCUGCUGUAGCAGUUCCAGAUAUUUGGUACAUCUUUCAGUUUGUAGGAUCAACCUCUACUGUGUGUCUUUCCUUUGUCUUUCCUGGUGCUAUUGUUCUAAGGGAUUCAUACGGUAUAGCAACUAAAAGGGACAAAAUCAUUGCACUGGUUAUGGUCAUACUAGCUGCAAUAACAAGUGUGAUUGCAAUCUCCACCAACAUAUACAAACUUUUUCAGUAGAAGCUCAUCAUUGGUGUUUUCUUCUUUUUCUCUAUCUAUUCCAAUUUAUGAAAGUUUUGAUCAGUGCAAAGAUCCAGAGGGGGAGACAAUAGUAGAAACAUUUGACAGUCGAAGCACGGGUGUUUAUAGUUUUUAGGAUGGUGUUGGAUCUCAGUAUUAUUUGUUUGUUGUAAAAUUGAUCUAUCUAGCUAUGUAAGAUAAGAAGCAUAUGCAUAAGAAAUUACAUCAUUUAAGCUGUGGAACUGAGUUUUUCUUAA